AUGCCAACUAUUACUACCUCAAUUGAAAUUAAUAAACCACUUCAACAAGUGUCAGAUUUCUUUUAUGAUUUUGCUAAUCAUGCAACUUGGGAUCCAUUUGUUCAACAUAUUAAAAAUAUAACUGCUGAACAAGAAUCAAGAACUACAAAUAAACCAGGUGAUACUUUAAAUGUAACCAUUGUACCUCCCCAAGGUCAAAAACAAGAAUUUGUUCCUAUUAUACUUGAAACUUCACCCACUAUAUUCUUAUGGAAGGGAACGCUUUUAUCAGACUAUGUUUUCGUGGGACGUCAUAAAUUUGAAUUUAAAGCAAUUGAUGAUAAUAAAACUAUCGUAUAUCAAAGUGAAGAUUUCUCAGGGUUAUUAGCUACUCCAUUACUUUAUUUUGUAGGUGAAAAUACCAAAGCAGGAUUUAUAACUUUAAAUGAAGCUUUAAAGGAACAACUUGAAAAAUCUCCAUGA